CUUUCUCGUUGCAAUAAUAAGAUUGGGCUCUAGGCGCCGCUGUUCACCAAUUAGGGAAACGGGAAGCUGCGAGCUAGAGUCCCUCCCUCCCCUACCUCUACAACACAAAGCAGAGUGAAGUGGAUACUCACAGAUCGUGAUGCUGGAAACUUAAAAAGUACUUCUCUUCGCUCUCUAAUAUAUUUUGGAUGCACUUAGCCAGUGACUUCGUAGAUGCAUAAGCUGAUUCAGAACCAAACAGCUCAAGAAACCGCGGAAUACAGGCUCAGCCACUGCCAUGGCCAAUCGGCAACUGCUCCUGGACCGCAGCGGGUUGGUCCUACUGUAUAUUUUCCUGGGGACGCUGCGGGAGUCUGGGGCUGGGCAGAUCCAAUACUCGGUGCUGGAAGAGACAGACAAAGGCUUCUUCGUGGGCAAUAUUUCCAAGGACCUGGGGCUGGAGCCCAGGGAGCUGGCGGAGCGCGGAGUCCGCAUCGUCUCCGGAGGAAAGACUCAGCUUUUCGCUCUGAAUCCGCGAAGUGGCAGCUUGAUCACUGCUGAUAGGAUAGACCGGGAGGAGCUCUGUGAGGCGGUUUCCUCCUGUUUUUUAAACUUGGAGAUACUUGUGGAAGAUACCCUUAAGAUUUACGGAGUGGAGGUGGAAAUAAUGGAUAUUAAUGAUAACGCCCCCAGCUUCCGGGAGGAGGAAGUAGAGAUAAAAGUCAGUGAGCAUGCAACUCCGGGAUCGCGAUUUCCUCUUCCUAAUGCUAGGGAUCCAGAUGUGGGAAUGAACUCCCUCCAGCGCUACCAGCUCAACCCUAAUAAUUACUUUUCUUUGCAAGUGCGAGGCAGAACGGAUGGGGCCAAGAAUCCUGAGCUAGUGCUGGAGGGGAGCCUGGACCGGGAAAAAGAGGCUGCUCACCACCUCCUCCUCACAGCCUUAGAUGGAGGAGAUCCCAUCCGCCAGGGCACUGUUUCCAUCCGUGUCGUGGUUCUCGAUGUAAAUGACCAUAUCCCAAAGUUUACACAGUCUGUAUAUGGAGUGAGUGUUCCUGAGAACCUCAGCUCCGGAACUCGGGUGCUUAUGGUAAACGCAACUGAUCCAGAUGAGGGAAUCAAUGGAGAAGUGGUAUAUUCAUUCCUGAAUAUGGAAAGCAAAGCUUCUGAGAUAUUCCAGUUGGAUUCUCAAUCUGGAGAAGUCUUAAUACAAGGUUCUCUGGAUUUUGAGAAAUACAGAUUCUAUGAGAUGGAAAUUCAAGGCCAAGAUGGUGGAGGUCUCUCCACCACUGCUAAGAUGUUGGUCACAGUUGUGGAUGUGAAUGAUAAUGCUCCAGAAAUAACUAUCACAUCUUCUACUAAUUCAGUGCUGGAAAACUCUCCUCCAGGUACUGUGAUUGCUCUUCUAAAUGUGCAAGAUCAAGACUCUGGAGAAAAUGGUCAAGUCUCCUGUUUCAUUCCUAACAAUAUGCCUUUUAAAUUAGAAAAGACUUACGGAAAUUAUUACAAGUUGAUAACAAACAGAGCACUGGACAGGGAGCAGGUACAGAGCUAUAAUAUAACUUUGACAGCCACAGAUCGGGGAAGUCCACCCUUGUCUACAGAAACUCAUAUUUCACUGAAUGUAGCAGAUGACAACGAUAACCCGCCCACUUUUGCUCACUCCUCUUACUCUGCCUACAUUCCUGAGAACAAUCCUAGAGGGGCCUCCUUCUUCUCGGUGACUGCACUCGACCGGGACAGCAAAGAGAAUGCCCAGGUCACUUAUUCUCUGGCAGAGGAUACCCUCCAGGGAGCACCUCUAUCCUCCUACAUCUCCAUAAACUCAGACACCGGCAUUCUGUAUGCGCUGCGCUCCUUCGACUAUGAGCAAUUCCGUGAACUGCAGUUGUGGGUGACAGCGCAUGACAGUGGGAACCCACCGCUCAGCAGCAAUGUGUCACUGAGCAUAUUUGUGCUGGACCAGAAUGACAAUGCACCCGAGAUCCUGUACCCUGCUGUCCCCACAGAUGGCUCCAUGGGCGUGGAGCUGGCACCCCGCUCUGCAGAGCCCGGAUACCUGGUGACCAAGGUGGUGGCAGUUGACAAAGACUCGGGCCAGAACGCCUGGCUGUCCUACCGCCUGCUCAAGGCCAGCGAGCCAGGGCUCUUCGCGGUGGGGCUGCACACGGGCGAGGUGCGCACAGCGCGGGCCCUGCUGGACAGAGACGCGCUCAAGCAGAGCUUGGUGGUGGCCGUCUAGGACCAGGGCCAGCCCCCUCUCUCUGCCACCGUCACACUCACUGUGGCUGUGACCGAGAGCAUCCGUGACGUCCUGGCUGAUCUAGGCAACCCUGAGUCUCCCGCCAGCCCCGACGACUCAGGCCUCACGCUGUACCUGGUGGUGGCGGUGGCCGCGGUCUCCUGCGUCUUCCUCGCCUUUGUCAUUGUGCUGCUGGCGCUCAGGCUGAGGCGCUGGCACACGUCGCGCCUGCUCCAGGCUUCAGGAGGCGGGUUAGCGGGUGUGCCCGCCUCUCACUUCGUGGGCGUGGACGGGGUGCGGGCUUUCCUGCAGACCUAUUCCCACGAGGCCUGGCUCACCGCUGACUCGCGGGGGAGUCACGUGAUCUUCCCGCAGCCCAACUACGCGGACACGCUCAUCAGCCAGGAGAGCUGUGAGAAAAGCGAGCCUCUUUUGGUAGCUGAAGAUUCAGCUACCGGUUUAGGCAAAUGUGAUCCUACCAGUAAUCAGGUGAGAUUUAUCCUGCCUCCCAAUUGUUGAUAUCUCUGCACAGGUCUUUUAAGUUACUUUUUUCUGAGCCUGUUAUAA